CGGUGAGGAAGUGUUGUGAAGUGUCGGCUUCGGUUUUCUCUCCGUCGGUGAGAAGAAACCCAUCUUCCCAGUUUUUAUUGCGGGAGCUUGGUCUUUCAGGAGAGUUCCCUGACGCUGGAGCUUUGAGGAAAGGGAAUAGGCUUUGUAUCCAGAAGGGGGUCCUGUCCCUAACCUUGACCGGGCCGGUCUCUGUGUGUAUGGGGUCAGGGUCGAUUCGGAGGAAUCCAGGUCCAAAUCUGCCUCAUAUGCUGCUUCUCUUUGGGACCAGUGAAGUCUCCCGUUAGUCUAUCAGGCUCAUGUGGCUUGAAGGACAGGACUAAUUUUGACCAUUCUAUUGUUUUUGACCCUUGUUCUGACUUAAGUUUGAUUUACGGUAGAGAGAAGAAACGACUGCGUCUGGACUAGUAGGUCGCACACUAAUGAAAGUGUCCUUCAGAAGAUCUUAAAGAGCAGAAAACAAUUUGAUCAGUGCAAAACAGCCCUCUGAGUUUGGAAUGAUAAUGACAGAAUCGGGGGAGAUUAUAGACUUGGACCCUCCAGCUGAGACUUCACAAGAGCAAGAAGACCUUCUAAUAGUGAAAGUGGAAGAAGAAGACUGCACCUGGAUGCAGGAGUACAAUCCGUCAAUGUUUGAGUCUUUUUACCAGCGCUUUAAGCACUUCCAGUACCAUGAGGCAUCAGGACCCCGGGAGGCACUCAGCCAGCUCAGGGUGCUCUGCUGUGAGUGGCUGAGGCCUGAGCUGCACACCAAGGAGCAAAUCCUAGAGCUGCUGGUUUUGGAGCAGUUUCUGACCAUCCUUCCUGAAGAGCUCCAGACCUGGGUGAGAGAACAUCACCCGGAAAAUGGAGAAGAGGCUGUGGCUGUGGUAGAAAAUAUGCAGAGGGAACUAGAGGAACACAGACAACAGGUACACUGUGGAGAUUUCCUGCCACUCCAGCAAAGAGAAGCAGUAUCCAGUGUGUUAACCUGGAGAAGACAGUCUGCGAUUUUAUUUAUUUUUAAAAUUACUGUAUUUAUUUUUUGAGUGACAUGAUACAAAAUUCGAAAGGUACAUAAGGUUGUAAUGAAAAAUUGUGGCAUGCCCUGAAGGCCUUUCUCAGAAGAUGGUGCAACCAGGAGCUAUGCAGGAGUCCUUCAGUCACCAGCUCCUGUCUCUGGACCCCCAGCCUGAACAAGAGCCACAGAAGCCUCAUCUGGAAGAAAAUGCCCUUUCUGCUUUCCAAGUUUCUUCCCUUCCCUUGAAGGACAGCCAGGAGCUGACAGCCUCACUUGUCUCAGCUGGGUCCCAGAAGUUGGUGAAAAUUGAAGAUGUGGCUGAUGUGGCUGUUUCCUUCAUCCUGGAGGAAUGGGGACAUUUGGACCAGUCCCAGAAGUCUCUCUAUAGGGAUGGCAGGAAGGAGAAUUAUGAGAGUAUUACCUCCAUGGAUUAUGAGUCCAGGAGUAACAAUAUGGAACUUAUAGUAAAGCAGAUUUCUGAUGAAGCCAAAUCACACUGGAUGACAUCAGGAUGUACUGAAAGAAAUGUUCCCCAAAGUCAAGAGUUUGGAGAAGUUAGUGACCUUCACAGCAUGGUAGAAAGGUGGCAGGUGAACACCAGUGUAGGAAAGUCAAGGCAGAACCGUUCCCAGAAAGGAGAUCUUGGUGCCAUCACAGACAUUAACCAUAAGCAAAACACGAAUGCCGAGAGAGGUCACAAAUGUAAUGAUUGUGGUAAAUUUUUCCUUCAAGCUUCAAACUUUAUUCAACAUCGGCGAAUCCACACUGGAGAAAAACCAUUUAAGUGUGGUGAAUGCGGGAAAAGCUAUAAUCAGCGUGUGCACCUUACUCAGCAUCAGCGAGUCCACACUGGUGAGAAACCCUAUAAGUGUCAGGUGUGUGGAAAAGCCUUCCGUGUGAGCUCCCACCUUGUCCAGCAUCACAGUGUGCACAGCGGAGAGAAACCCUAUGGAUGUACUGAAUGUGGGAAAAACUUCGGUCGGCACUCUCACCUGAUUGAGCACCUGAAGCGUCACUUCAGAGAGAAAUCUCAAAGAUGCAGUGACAAAAGAAGUAAGAAUACAAAGUUGAAUGUUAAGAAAACUUCAGAAUUCUCAGAAGCAGACAUGGAACUAUCUGAAAGAAUAAAAAAAAAUGUUUUUCAAGUUCAAGAUUUUGGAGAAGACAAGUUGGAUAGAAAGCAGGGACUUCCUAUGAAAGAGAUACUAGGACAACCAUCUUCAAAGAGGAUAAAUUUCAAUGAAGUCACAUAUGUCCAUAAAAAGUCCUCCACAGGAGAGAGACCACAUAAGUGUAAUGAAUGUGGGAAAAGUUUUAUUCAGAGUGCCCAUCUUAUUCAACAUCAGCGAAUACACACCGGGGAGAAACCAUUUAGGUGUGACGACUGUGGGAAAAGCUAUAAUCAACGUGUACACUUAACUCAACAUCAGCGAGUCCACACUGGUGAAAAACCCUAUACCUGUCAUUUAUGUGGGAAAGCGUUUAGAGUGAGGUCCCAUCUUGUUCAGCAUCAGAGUGUUCACAGUGGGGAGAGACCAUUUAAAUGUAAUGAGUGUGGGAAAGGCUUUGGGAGGCGUUCACACCUUGCUGGGCAUCUUAGACUUCACUCUAGAGAGAAAUCCCAUCAGUGUCAUGAAUGUGGAGAAAUCUUUUUUCAGUAUGUUAGCCUCAUUGAACAUCAGGUACUCCACGUGGGUCAGAAAAAUGAAAAAAAUGGCAUUUGUGAGGAAGCAUAUAGUUGGAAUUUAACAGUGAUUGAAGAUAAGAAGAUUGAGUUACAAGAGCAGCCUUACAAGUGUGAUAUAUGUAGCAAAGCCUUUACUUAUAGUUCUGACCUUAUUCAGCAUUAUAGAACUCACACGGCAGAGAAAACCUGUAAAGGUGAUAUAUGUAGAGAAAACGGCCAAUGUUCCCAUAUAAAACAACGUCAAAAAACCUAUUCCAACAUGAAAUCCCAUCAAUGUAAUGAAUGUGGCAGAGGCUUCACUCUGAAGUCACAUCUUAACCAACAUCAGAGAAUUCAUACUGGUGAGAAACCCUUUCAAUGCAAAGAAUGUGGAAUGAGUUUCAGCUGGAGUUGUAGCCUCUUUAAACAUAUGAGAAGUCAUGAGAGGACAGAUCCCUUAAAUACUUUAAGUGUAUAGAUAUUUGUGUUGUAGUACAGCUCUUGUUCAAUUUAGAGAAGACUUUCUGAAGAGAAACCCUACUCCAAUAUUGAAUGUAGUAACAACUUCAAGCAAUUUCUCUAGCUUAACCAUCAAACCUACAGAUAUGUUGAAAUCCUUCAGUUAAAACUUAGGACCACUGGGGAACACUAAAUAGGUAAUCUGUUUGCUUUUACCAAGGAGAAAUAUUUUCAUUAGCAUCUUCAUUCUUGAGAAUGUAGGUGAAAGUGAACCCGUGGAUAUGGUGGGUGAAGGAAAGCCUUCAGAUGGCACUUAUUUGAGUCGUAGAACACUGACACCGGAAAAAUCCUCAUGAAUACAACAGAAAUAAGCUUUAUUUGUUGUUCCUGCCUUGUUUGAUAGCUUAUCUAUUCCGGGAAGGGCACAGGUAAAAAACUCUUCAGCAUGAUACCCCUUUUGAUACCUCAGCAAUGAACCUUUCCUAGAAAUGAUUAUCCUACCCAGUAGAAGGUUCCAGUCAUUGUUCUCAUCAUAAGUAUUAAAGUAUUGAAGAAAACUGACUUAAGGUAUUUAUAUUUUGGCAAAAUUGGUGUUCAGAGGCUGAACAGUAUAUGUUCCUUACUGUCCUAUUCAAUUGACAACUUCUCCAUGAAACACUUAAAAAAUUCUACUAACAUCAGGUUAGCUAUUAGAAAGAGGAGUUAAGUUUGUCAAUCUAGGAGAAACUGUUGGCUAGUCACAUCUCAAGGAGAGGGGAGUGGGCCUCUAGGGAAUAGAGAAGACAAGCCAAAUGGUGGACUUGGGUUUUUUUUUUUUUUUUUUUCCCUCUAUUACCCACAAGAAUGAGGGUGGCUACAUCCAUAGAAGGAAUUGGACCAACUUGAAUUCAGAAUCAUGGUCCAAGCAGUAUGUGCACUACUAAUUCCCAGUUGUUCUGGAGGUAGAUCCCAUAGGUUAAUGGCAUGUAGAAGGAUUUUCAAUCUGUAUUACAGAUUUGAAAGAAACCUAUAAGAGCAGGGAAGCUAUUGUCUGGUUAGGCCUGCCUAAUCGGCAGGUCUGGGUAAGAGUUGUGGGAGAAGGAAGAUGGCAUGGAAAAAAGGGUUAACCUGAGCCUGUUUGCUAGAGCAAGAGAAUGAGCUUCUGGGUGCUGCUGAAGUCUUGCUUCUGCUGAUUGCCUAGUGUAUAAUAAACACCCAGUAAAAACUUGU